AUGGCCGCCGCGGUCGAGAAGGAAAAGGGAAACGCCGCGUUCAAAGCGGGUGAUUACGCCGGUGCUGUCGGCCACUACUCGGCUGCGAUUGUCGCCGACGCGCGCGACCCGACCUUACCAUUGAACCGCGCAGCGGCUUAUCUGAAGCUUAACAAGAAUGAAGACGCAGAACGCGAUUGUACUCGCGUACUUUCUUUGAGUGGCGCAACACCAAACGUCAAAGCACUCUUCAGGCGCGCUCAAGCGCGCGUCGCCCUUCAACGACUUACAGAAGCUCAGAAAGAUCUACGAGACGCCCAAAAGAUCGACCCCAAGAAUGAUGCUGUCAAAACAGAGCUCACGCGCGUCGCCAGCCUUCUCGAGAAAGGCAAGGCCCGUGCCCAACCGAGGACGCCGAUUGACGUUCCCGCUCCGCCUCUGGCCGCUAGUGGACCUCCCAAACGACGUAGAGUGCCGAUCAAGAUAGUCGAACCUGCCCCUCCUUCUACAUCUACAACGGGCACCGAUCCUAUACACGACUCUGGAAGGCCUGUUACUGCAUCUGAAGGUUUUGCUACCCCUACCGCAUCCGAUCUUCUAAGUGCGGUGUCGAGUCGUCCGUUGACCGGCUCUGCACCAGCACCGGAGCCCACUUCCACCUCAGUUGACCCUCCGCCAAAGCUUGUUGCCGCAUCUGCGCCCGCAUCCAAAGCCAGUGCCAAUGGCGACGCCAAGCGACCUCCAGUUCGUGCCGGCGGCGGUAUCUUCCGCAAGAGUGGCGAGCAUACCAUCGUUCCAGAAAAGGAGGUCAAGUCGCCUGCGUUGAAUACUGCGGCACCGACGCCUGCGCCUUCCACUCCAAGUGUGGAUAAGCCUACCUCGUUGUCUGCUCCUGUAUCAGCAGCCGGCGAUGCGAAAUUGCCCUGGACGCUCUUCGCAUUCGCACGAAACUGGGACGCACUGAAUACUCCGGAGGACCGCUGGGCGCUGCUUUGCAAAGUCCCUCCUGCCUCGAUUUCGGCGCUCUAUAAGACUUCGCUCGAGCCCGCACAUCUCGUUUCCGUACUUCAUGUCUUUCAGGCGUUACUCAGCUCCUCUGCACACGAAGGCCAGCGGGAGGAUAUUAAAACCUGGAUCAGGCAAUACAUGGAUGGGUAUACUCGCGUGCAGCGCUUCGGGACGAUCACCAUGUUCAUGAGCACUGAGGAGAGGAUGCUGGUCAAGGAUGUACUAAGCAAGGCGGGCGUACCUGAGGGAGAGGAGCUCUGGAAGAAGUGGUUGUGA